AUUCAUUUUAUUCCGUAUCUCUCCCCUGGUUCGGAAGAAGAUCUCUCAAUCUCGCCUGCCUUGUGAUAUUCGAUAUCCAUCCCUUAUUCGAUUGCAUUAUUAUUACUGCAGACUUGCCCACUCGGCGUGUAUGCCCUGGCGCAGGGAGUGAGUUAGUGCUGCAAGGUGGAUGUAUGUAUGCAUGUACAUAUCCUCUCAUCUCAAGUGGUUGAAGAUUUUACAGUAACCGUAAAAUGAAACGCAACGUAAUAUUAAUGAUGGCAUGGGAGUGCAUGGCUGGGCCAGGUAGUCGUCGUCGUAGUAGAGUCUUCUUGGUCUUGUAAUCAGUGGUUUCAGUUUGGUGACUUGAGUUCAGUCCGAAGAGGUUCAGUCAAGUCCUAGAUUCCUAUCUGGACUUACCACCGCUUCGACCAGAGAAGAGUAAAGCAAAGGGGAACCAAUUCCUCCUUGGUUGUGGUGAUUCAAAGAAAACAGAACCUUGACCUUUCUUCCCUUUUGUGUGGUUUGCGUGCCUUCAAAAUCAACCCGGAAGGAUCUGAGGAAGUGACUGAUCUGGAAAAAAUGAGAUUGUGCCAUUCUUAUCAUUUGCAAAAGAUUUGAACCAGUUUUUCGUGAACCAACAAUUUACACGACCAGUAAACAAUUACAAUUUGAGACUGUUUUAAGCACGCUUUAAGUAACAAUUAAAGACCGGAAGUAUCGGGAGAAGUUCUGAAAUCACUGCAGCUGGAUUCUUAAAGGUAUGACUCAUCAUCACACCUGUCCAAUCCAAGAAUAAAUACUUACUUAAUUGCUUCCGGAUAGUAAAAGCGUUCUAUUACGCCGUAGUCGUCGUCGUCGCCACCGCCGUCGACAUCCAUAUAUUGAACUGAUAGUGGACACGCCAAAGGAAGAAACGGGAUUUGGUCCAAAUCUCGUGUUGUGGCAGACAGAUUAAUAAUGCGGGUCCGAACGAAAGGAAAUGUGUUCUCUUUACUGAUUCUUCUUCUCACCCUCAAGUCUUCCCCACUUUUUGCUUAUCCUCCACUAACCACGAGGGAGGUAACAACAUCAUCUUUCCCAUCAUCCUCGUCCGAAGGAUUGAAAGAAGAUCUUAGCCGAGAGACGAAUGGACGAAAUAUCAGACCGUUAUCUUGCCAGCACAGGGAAAGUGGACAGAUUGGAGUUUGUAUGUUUGCAUGGGAUUGUAUGAAGGUGAACGGAACCCACCUGGGAACAUGUAUAGACCGUUUUUACUUUGGAUCCUGCUGCGACUUGGGAGACAGGACGGAACAAGUGAUUCAAUCAUUGGCGUCUCAACAACAGGCCAGCAUGCGACCACCCCUCCGACCUGUGACGACUGUGCGAACAACUUUGCGACCAAUUACAGAAUAUCCCUUGAAACUCAGUACAUUUCAAGAUGUACACGGUGUUAAACCGUCGCAGAGACCGGCGGGAUUCAAUUGUCCAGAACACCUCGGUUUCAUUUGUGGGACAAGUACAGAAAAGCCACAAGGAGAUGAAGGAACUACGACAAGGUUCCCAAUAGUGUUGCCUGGUUUUCCGGAAUGGGGGACUACGCCUACAACUCCUCAAACAACUUUGCCACCGGUGACCACCCCCACAACGCCUACUCUUCCUUCAACCCAACUACCUGAAAUUUCUAGCCCAAAUACACCGAUUGAUGUGAACCCUCCAGACGUUCCAGUGCAAGUCCCAGGAAACCCAAUUGGGGGAGGAAAUAAUGAAACGUCUUCGGAUGCUGAGCAGCCAAGUAAGCCCCCUCAACAACCUCAACAGCCUCAAUUUCCAGGAAUUGGAAAUGGAACAAUUCCGCAGCUACCAGUUCAACCGCCAGAGUUGCCAAUUAAUGGGACGGCUCCUCAACUUCCACAACAACCAGAAUUACCAAUUAAUGGAACAACCCCACAACUUCCUCAGCAGCCAGAGUUGCCAAUUAAUGGAACAACCCCACAACUUCCUCAGCAGCCAGAGUUGCCAAUUAAUGGAACAACCCCACAACUUCCUCAGCAGCCAGAGUUGCCAAUUAAUGGAACAACCCCACAACUUCCUCAGCAGCCAGAGUUGCCAAUUAAUGGAACAACCCCACAACUUCCUCAGCAGCCAGAGUUGCCAAUUAAUGGAACAACCCCACAACUUCCUCAGCAGCCAGAGUUGCCAAUUAAUGGAACAACCCCACAACUUCCUCAGCAGCCAGAGUUGCCAAUUAAUGGAACAACCCCACAACUUCCUCAGCAGCCAGAGUUGCCAAUUAAUGGAACAACCCCACAACUUCCUCAGCAGCCAGAGUUGCCAAUUAAUGGAACAGCUCCUCAGCUACCGGUUAUUCCAGGUCAACCAGGAAAUGGCACAAAUUCAGAUAAUCCGCAACCAACAUUUCCAGGGUUAGGAAAUGGAACAAUUCCCCAAUUACCAGUUCAACCGCCAGAGUUGCCAAUUAAUGGGACGGCGCCACAACUUCCUCAGCAGCCAGAGUUGCCAAUUAAUGGGACGGCGCCACAACUUCCUCAGCAGCCAGAGUUGCCAAUUAAUGGGACGGCGCCACAACUUCCUCAGCAGCCAGAAUUGCCAAUUAAUGGAACUGCGCCACAACUCCCGCAACAGCCAGAGUUGCCAAUUAAUGGCACAGCGCCUCAAUUGCCGACCAUUCCCGGACAACCAGGUCAACCAGGAAAUGGCACAAAUUCAGAUAAUCCGCAACCAACAUUUCCAGGGUUAGGAAAUGGAACAAUUCCCCAAUUACCAGUUCAACCGCCAGAGUUGCCAAUUAAUGGGACGGCGCCACAACUUCCUCAGCAGCCAGAGUUGCCAAUUAAUGCGACGGCGCCACAACUUCCUCAGCAGCCAGAGUUGCCAAUUAAUGGGACGGCGCCACAACUUCCUCAGCAGCCAGAGUUGCCAAUUAAUGGGACGGCGCCACAACUUCCUCAGCAGCCAGAGUUGCCAAUUAAUGGGACGGCGCCACAACUUCCUCAGCAGCCAGAGUUGCCAAUUAAUGGAACGGCGCCACAACUUCCUCAACAACCAGAGUUGCCAAUUAAUGGAACGGCGCCACAACUUCCUCAACAACCAGAAUUGCCAAUUAAUGGGACGGCGCCACAACUUCCUCAACAACCAGAGUUGCCAAUUAAUGGAACUGCUCCUCAAUUACCGGCCAUUCCUGGGCAGCCCGGUCAACCAGGAAACGGCACAAAUUCAGAUAGCCCUCAACCACAAUUUCCAGGGUUAGGAAAUGGAACAAUUCCCCAGCUACCAGUUCAACCGCCAGAGUUGCCAAUCAAUGGAACAGCGCCACAGCUCCCGCAGCAGCCAGAAUUGCCAAUUAACGGAACAACGCCCCAAUUACCAAUUAAUGGAACAGCGCCACAACUGCCAAUUAACGGGACGGCUCCACAACUUCCUCAACAACCAGAAUUGCCAAUUAACGGGACGGCUCCACAACUUCCUCAACAACCAGAAUUGCCAAUUAACGGGACGGCUCCACAACUUCCUCAACAACCAGAAUUGCCAAUUAACGGGACGGCGCCACAACUUCCUCAACAACCAGAAUUGCCAAUUAACGGGACGGCGCCACAACUUCCUCAACAACCAGAAUUGCCAAUUAACGGGACGGCGCCACAACUUCCUCAACAACCAGAAUUGCCAAUCAAUGGAACAGCACCUCAAUUACCGGCGAUUCCUGGGCAGCCCGGUCAACCAGGAAAUGGCACAAAUUCAGAUAAUCCACAACCAACGUUUCCAGGAGUAGGAAACGGAACAAUUCCCCAAUUACCAGUUCAACCGCCAGAGUUGCCAAUCAAUGGAACAGCGCCACAGCUCCCGCAGCAGCCAGAAUUGCCAAUUAACGGGACGGCUCCACAACUUCCUCAACAACCAGAAUUGCCAAUUAACGGGACGGCUCCACAACUUCCGCAACAACCAGAAUUGCCAAUUAACGGGACGGCUCCACAACUUCCUCAACAACCAGAAUUGCCAAUUAACGGGACGGCUCCACAACUUCCGCAACAACCAGAAUUGCCAAUUAACGGAACAGCCCCUCAGCUACCGAUUAUUCCUGGUCAACCAGGUCAACCAGGAAAUGGCACAAAUUCAGAUAAUCCUCAACCAACGUUUCCAGGAGUAGGAAACGGAACAAUUCCCCAAUUACCAGUUCAACCGCCAGAGUUGCCAAUCAAUGGAACAGCGCCACAAUUGCCAAUUAACGGAACAGCUCCACAACUUCCGCAACAACCAGAGUUGCCAAUUAAUGGGACGGCACCACAACUUCCGCAACAACCAGAGUUGCCAAUUAAUGGGACGGCGCCACAACUUCCGCAACAACCAGAGUUGCCAAUUAAUGGGACGGCACCACAACUUCCGCAACAACCAGAGUUGCCAAUCAAUGGGACGGCGCCACCACUUCCGCAGCAGCCAGAGUUGCCAAUCAAUGGAACAGCGCCACAAUUGCCAAUUAAUGGAACAGCGCCACAACUUCCGCAACAACCAGAGUUGCCAAUCAAUGGGACGGCGCCACAACUUCCGCAACAACCAGAGUUGCCAAUUAAUGGUACAGCGCCACAAAUACCGGCUAUUCCUGGUCAACCAGGUCAACCAGGAAAUGGAACAAAUUCAGAUAAUCCUCAACCAACAUUUCCAGGAGUAGGAAACGGAACAAUUCCCCAAUUACCAGUUCAACCGCCAGAGUUGCCAAUCAAUGGAACAGCGCCACAACUUCCGCAACAACCAGAGUUGCCAAUUAAUGGGACGGCGCCACAAUUUCCAAUUAAUGGAACAACGCCACAACUUCCUCAACAACCAGAGUUGCCAAUUAAUGGAACAGCGCCACAAUUGCCAAUUAAUGGAACAACGCCACAACUUCCGCAACAACCAGAGUUGCCAAUUAAUGGGACAGCACCAAAUUUGCCAAUUAACGGAACAGCGCCACAGCUUCCGGUUCAACAGCCUACAACCACCUCAACUCCACCGACUGAGGGAGAUCAACCCGCACUGCCUCCAUUCCCUGUUCUGGACCCUGUGUCCAACGUUAGUACACCUGCUGCUCCAGUACCCGAAGUGACCAGCCCAACACAACCUACUUUACCCGAAGUAACAACACCAACAACACCAGCAGUUUCGACGCCAUCCGUUCCUAACGCACCGGCCUUACCCUCCACAAACACGACCUUCCCUAUCCUUAUCCCACCAAUUGGCGGAGGUGAUGGGGGUCAAAGUGACGAUGUCACCACUUCUACUACUACGACCACCACGUUUGCUCCACCAACUAUCUCUACAAUUCCUCCACCCACGUGGCCCGCGCAUUGGCCAACUCUGCCCCCAAUUACCACCAGCUCAACAACAACGACGACAGGAUCUCCAUCAGGUGAUGAGCCUGGUUCCACGAGUACCACUACUACACGCCGUCCUUGGUUCCCAACGUUCGCCCCACCAACACCAACCACGAAGCCACCCCCACAAGGAGACGACGCACCUACGUCGCCCACCCCUCAACCUUCUCUUCCUUCAUGGACCUGGAGCACGUUCGCACCAAUUACUUGGACUCCGACGACGACACCUUCUCCAUCCAAUUUGACUACUUUGCCACCCCUCAACAUUAGUACGCCCGAGCUACCCACUGUCUUUCCAACGAUGACUUCAACCACCACGGGAGGGCCUAUCAAGCAAGAGGUCGGGGGCACGACGGUGGAUGAAGACAUUUUCUUUUCAGAAAAUGGAACUCUUCUCAUCAACGAUUACAAAAAGAUUUGCGGGAGGAGGUUCGCACCGGAAUCAAGGAUUGUGGGAGGCAAGGAGUCAACUUUUGGCAAGUGGCCCUGGCAGAUAUCCCUAAGACAAUGGAGGACUUCGACUUAUCUUCACAAGUGUGGAGCGGCUUUGCUCAACGAGAACUGGGCUGUGACCGCGGCACAUUGCGUAGAAAAAGUUCCACCAACUGAUCUUCUCCUUCGCAUUGGGGAAUUUGACCUCUCAGAUGACAAAGAGCCGUACGGUUUUGUAGAAAGAAGGGUCCAAAUUGUCGCCACACAUCCACAAUUUGAUGCCCGUACCUUUGAGUAUGAUCUCGCCCUCUUGAGAUUCUACGAACCCGUCACCUUCCAGCCUAAUAUUGUUCCAAUCUGCGUACCCGAGAAUGAUGACGAUUAUUUGGGCAAGACUGGAUUUGUUACUGGAUGGGGAAGAUUAUACGAAGAUGGGCCACUCCCAUCAAGAUUACAAGAAGUUCCCGUCCCAGUAAUUAAUAAUGAAGCUUGCGAGUCAAUGUACAGAGCUGCUGGUUAUAUUGAACAUAUACCACACAUUUUCAUUUGUGCUGGAUGGAGGAGUGGGGGCAAAGAUUCUUGCGAAGGUGAUUCCGGCGGUCCAAUGGUGCUUCAACGGGAAUCAGACAACCGAUGGAAUCUUGGUGGUGUCAUUUCAUGGGGCAUCGGUUGUGCUGAGCCUAAUCAACCAGGCGUCUAUACCAGAAUUAGUGAGUUCAGAAAUUGGAUAAACCAAAUUCUACAAUUUUAAAAAGUAUUUAAAUUGGACUUUGAAAUCUCCUUCAUUCCAAAUUACUUGAAAACGAGUUAAAGUUUUCCAGUGCGGAUUAUAAUUAAAUUAAGUAUAAACACAAGUACUGUGAUCAACCAAAGCAAUUUUUAAUUAAUGAUGACGACUACCUACUACGAAUGAAAUGUGACGACGCAACCAGGGAACUGAGAAGAAUAUACUACAUAUUUUAUCCACAGAAUGUACCUAAUUAAUGUUAGGGUUUAUUAGGUCAAGCUAAAUUGUUAUUUAUUUAUUGAAACUUUCACUCUGUCCGUGACAGUACUGACAGUUUGUAAUAUUUUUGAUAUUUUAUUAGCCAAGUUUGCAAUUCAGUCUGUGCCAAGUAAAAGUAACGAGGAUCUAGUUUAUUAUUUAAUUGUACAUAAAACAGUGUACAGGGUUUUUUAAUCGGGUUUUUUAAAACGGUACUUUUACUAAAUGUUUGUAAAUGGAUGUUAAAAUAUGAUAAUUUAUUAUAAAGAAAGAGAGACGUAUUGAAAAAAUAAAAUUUCUUCGACCGAUAAACGAUAA